CUACUGUAUGCCUUUCUUCACAUGAGACACAGCUUCAAAUAUUUUGAUAAAAUGAGAUACUUGCGGAAACGAUCAGCAGUGUCCUUAGGAGUUCUUGUCAUUUUCUUGCUGUUCAUAAACCUGUACAUUGAAGAUGGUUAUGUUUUGGAAGGGGACAAGCAAUUAAUCAGAGAAACCGCUACUCACCAGCUCAACCCAGAGCACUAUCUUCACACUUUUAAGGAUUUGUCUAAUUUCUCAGGAUCUAUAAACAUUUCCUAUCGCUACCUAGCUGGCACACCUUUGACAAGGAAAAGGUAUCUUACCAUUGGGCUGUCCUCUGUGAAACGGAAAAAGGGAAACUACUUGCUUGAGACAAUCAGAUCCAUAUUUGAGCAGUCAAGUUAUGAAGAACUCAAAGAAAUAGCGGUGGUAGUGCAGCUAGCAGAUUUUGACUCAGCCUGGUGUGAAGGGAUGGUCCAGGAUAUUACACAGAAAUUUGCACAUCACAUAAUUGCAGGCAGAUUAAUAGUUAUUCAUGUCACUGAGGAGUAUUAUCCUGUGCUGGAUGGCCUCAAGAGAAAUUACAAUGACCCAGAGGACCGCGUGAAGUUUCGAUCAAAACAAAAUAUAGAUUAUGCUUACCUUCUUAACUUUUGUGCUAAUCUUUCUGAUUAUUAUGUGAUGCUAGAGGAUGACGUUCACUGUUCAAAGAAUUUUUUGACUGCUGUUAAGAAAGUAAUUACCUCUCGAGAAGGAUCCUAUUGGGUGACUUUGGAAUUCUCCAAACUGGGAUACAUUGGCAAGCUUUACCAUUCCCAUGACCUCCCACGCCUGGCCCAUUUUUUGUUGAUGUUCUACCAAGAGAUGCCUUGUGAUUGGCUGCUCAUCCACUUUCGUGGGCUGUUAGCUCAAAAGGAAGUGAUACGUUUCAAGCCAUCUCUGUUCCAACACAUGGGAUACUACUCAUCUUACAAAGGAGCUGAAAACAAGUUAAAGGAUGAUGAUUUUGAGGAGGAACUAUUUGAUAUCCCUGACAAUCCACCUGCAAACUUACACACCAACAUGAAUGUAUUUGAAAACUAUGAGGCAAGCAAGGCUUACAGCAGCAUUGAUGAGUAUUUCUGGGGCAAAGCUCCUUCUAUGGGAGACUUCUAUGGGAUUGUAUUUGAGAAGCCCAUUAAAAUCAGUAAAAUUAAAGUUGUCACUGGAACUGAAGACCGGCAAAAUGAUAUUUUACAUCACGGCGCCCUGGAAGUAGGGGAAAAGAUUGUUGGGAGUAAAAAAGGGAGACAGUGUACUACUUACUUGAGAUUAGGGGAAUUCAGAAAUGGGAAUUUUGAAAUAACAGAUGUAGAGCACAAAGUUCUGUUUGAUAUUAAUUGCAUGAGAAUACUUGUUACCAAGAGCCAAAAAGAAUGGCUGAUCAUUAGAAGCAUUAGUGUUUGGACUUCUCAAAAACCAAGUCAAUAA